CGGAGCUCUGGGUAUCCUACCAGAGCUGAAGAGGAGGCGAGCGGGUGGAGAACGUGGAGGACUCGAGCUGGCACACGGAGUCCACGGCUGUCACUACUCUCCGAGCAUCCCGGAGAUUUCCCAAGUGGACGCGCCUGGCCUUGCGGAAGCUGCAGGUGCAGCCCCAGACCCCCGUCCCUUUCCAAGCGCCUGUGGAGCCUCACAUCCCGGGCGAGCGUUCAUCAUUUAGCACAAAGCACGUUUCCAAAAAGCCGCGCUAGGGAAAGCGCCGGGGCCGUGCUCCCUCGCACAACCCCUCCUUUCCUUUGUUUCGGGGGUCGACAAGCCGCUCGCUUCCCCAAGUCUGAAUUCUUCGCAAGGGGAGGGCCGUGGAGUCCAGGCUGUGAAGAUGCCCCUGGAGCUGACUCAGAGCCGGGUACAGAAGAUCUGGAUCCCGGUGGACCACCGUCCCUCGCUGCCUAGAUCCUGUGGGCCGAAGCUGACCAAGUCCCCGACAGUGAUCGUCAUGGUGGGCCUCCCAGCCCGGGGCAAGACCUACAUCUCCAAGAAGCUGACUCGCUACCUCAACUGGAUUGGCGUCCCCACGAAAGUGUUCAACGUCGGGGAAUACCGCAGGGAGGCUGUGAAGCAGUAUAGCUCCUACAACUUCUUUCGCCCUGACAAUGAGGAGGCCAUGAGAGUCCGAAAGCAGUGUGCCCUUGCUGCCUUGAGAGAUGUCAAAAGUUACCUGACGAAGGAAGGGGGCCAAAUUUCAGUUUUUGAUGCCACCAAUACUACUAGAGAGAGGAGACACAUGAUCCUUCACUUUGCCAAAGAAAAUGAUUUCAAGGUGUUUUUCAUCGAGUCGGUGUGCGACGACCCUACAGUUGUGGCCUCUAACAUUAUGGAAGUGAAAAUCUCCAGCCCAGAUUACAAAGACUGCAACUCAGCAGAGGCGAUGGACGACUUCAUGAAGAGAAUCAGUUGCUACGAAGCCAGCUAUCAGCCCCUCGACCCCGACAGAUGUGAUAGGGACCUGUCCCUGAUCAAGGUGAUCGAUGUGGGCCGGCGGUUCUUGGUGAACAGAGUUCAGGACCACAUCCAGAGCCGAAUCGUGUACUACCUGAUGAACAUCCAUGUGCAGCCCCGCACCAUCUACCUGUGCCGGCAUGGCGAGAGCGAGCACAACCUCCAGGGGAAGAUCGGAGGGGACUCAGGCCUGUCCAGCAGGGGCAGGAAGUUUGCCAACGCCCUGAGCAAAUUCGUGGAGGAGCAGAACCUGAAGGACCUCAAGGUAUGGACCAGCCAGCUGAAGAGUACCAUCCAGACGGCAGAAGCUCUCCAGCUUCCCUACGAACAGUGGAAGGCGCUCAACGAAAUCGAUGCUGGUGUCUGUGAGGAGAUGACCUACGAGGAGAUAAAGGACACCUACCCCGAGGAGUACGCUCUGCGUGAGCAGGACAAGUACUACUACCGGUACCCCACCGGGGAGUCCUACCAGGACCUGGUGCAGCGCCUGGAGCCCGUGAUCAUGGAGCUGGAGCGGCAGGAGAACGUGCUGGUCAUCUGCCACCAGGCUGUCCUGCGUUGCCUUUUGGCCUACUUCCUGGACAAGAGCGCAGAGGAGAUGCCUUACCUGAAAUGCCCCCUUCACACCGUCCUGAAACUGACUCCAGUCGCUUAUGGUUGCCGUGUGGAAUCCAUCUACCUGAAUGUGGAGUCAGUGAACACACACCGGGAGAGGUCAGAGGACGCAAAGAAGGGACCUAACCCACUCAUGAGACGCAAUAGUGUCACCCCACUAGCCAGCCCUGAGCCCACCAAAAAGCCUCGCAUCAACAGCUUUGAGGAGCAUGUGGCCUCUACCUCCGCUGCCCUGCCCAACUGCCUGCCCCCGGAGGUGCCCGCACAGCUGCCCGGACAACCCUUGCUAGGGAAAGCCUGUUUACGAACUGUCUGUCACAUUUUCUCAAAGUUUUCUCCUUAUUAACCUUGGAAAGAACAUGAAUGGCUCGCAGAGCAACGUCGACUCCUCCGGGACACACUGAGGCAGACCCGUUGGUUCCGUUCCAUUUCCUUUCCUGCAGCUUAGGUAGGGGCUCUUCCAUCCGCCUGAGGCCAACGGUUCCAAGGACUUCUCCCGGAACGGGACAGGGUGCCACGGAAGAGGGGUCUGCUGGUCAGAGUGAACCCAUGCCCCCCACGGCACUGGGGUGGCCGAGACCCCAGCAUGCCUUUCCUGAGUGUGCGCAGAGUCCAUGCUUCCUCAUCCAGCUGUGGCCACCCCCGCCCCGACCCUCCCCACUGUCCAGUGCUGAGUGGUCUCACUGACUCUCCACAAGGCUGGGUGAGGACAAUGAGCAGUGGAGGAGGUGAGAGAAGGCCCUGAGGAGGGCAUGUCGGAUACCUCUGUGCUGUUUGAUUUUGUUUCACUUUUGUGAGCUUGGCCUGGAGUGUUCCCAGCUGGGGAGGUGAAUUUUAGGAUUCUGCUCCCAGAAUCCUAAAAUUAAAGGGGCCUAGAUCCCAGCUGCUGAAGGUUCAGGGAUGUUGAAAACUCGCACAAGGCUUGUCUGUGCAUCUUGGCCUGGGAUGUUGACUUGGGAAGAAAGGACAUGUGCUGGGAUGGGGCCGGUCAGGACAGCCGGUCUGGAGGUGCAGGCAGAAAGAAGCCCCCGAGCUGGACUUGCUGGUCAGCUAAGCAGUGGCCUUCCGCAUGUCCACACACCUUCCCAGGUCUGUGCUUGGCCUCUGAAGAUGUUGAAGGACCAUCCGACUGUGUCAGCGAGAGGAAACAGCACCAGGGCCUCACCCUCCAGGGGAGCUGUGUGGUCCCUCCACUCUCAGGCCUGGAUCAGAGGCCCCUGAGAGGUGGUUCUCCUGGGGCUGCUUGCUUUUGCGCCUUUUUUUCUGGCAGAACAUGUGACCCGAAAGUCACAUCUUCUCUUCAGAACUUAGAUGAUUGGGUUUUGUGCCCUGGGGGCUGGAGCUGUGAAAGAAUGUGGGGAAUUGGGCCAUGCCCACAAGAUGAGGAGCUCAAAAGGAUUCCAGGGGUGCUGGCUGGAGCCUGCGCUCAGAUCGGUGGGAGACGACCCUGGGAGACAGCGUGCAGGAGAGCGAGGAUCCUGGGAGAUAGCGUGGAGGAGCACGAAGAUCCGGCCUCCUUUCUUCAGGACAUCCUUCACCCCCCUUAUUUGCCAGAUGGGGACAGUGGCCCUCACUCUAGGCCACUUCCUCUAAGAGGCUGUUGGUGGCGUCCUCAGACUGAGCUGCCAUACACUUUCGCAGAGUGCCUGCUGUGUGCCUGGCAUGGUGUUGGGUUCCUUGGGGAAUGUGGUCUCCAUUCAAAGCAGGGGUUUGGGGACAUGUGAUGAUGCUCAGCACCUGCAGUUUCUACCUGCUGGUUUUUCCUUGUUGCCUCCAGGUCCUGGGGGAGGAAGGGGGUGUCCUGAGGCCCAGGAGAAACAAUUUGGAGAUUCAGCAUUUGUCCAAAUAACCCUUUGAGAAUCCUUCUAAAAGCUGGUGCCAAAGGUCUCUUUCCUCUCCACCCUCUGCUUUUAAGCCUUGCAUCCUCACCCCUCUCAGCCCACAAAACAGCUGAGGGUGGGGGUGGGCAGGCUUGGACAGCCGGAGCUGGAAGUGGAGAGAACAGCUAUUUUUGUUUUUGCGAUGUUUGAGAGGAGCUCCUGGAGAAUGUACAUUUCUGUGGUUGGGAUUACAUGGGAAAUGGAACACACUUCAGAAACCCUACAAUCAAAUUUGAGGUUUUCACACCAAAUCACUCACACCCUGUCCCCCCCUUGGCAGUCUGCCAGAGAGGAGGUCUGUAUGUACAUUCUGUGCCACCGAAGACUUGGGUUAUUUUCCCUGUUUCCUGCUGUCUUGAGUCUAGUGGAUUCAAGUGUAUGUGUGUAGGUUGGUCAUAUAUUUAGACGCAGGGGCCUGCAGUUCUGCUCUUGAGGGUGACUUGAUUGUGUCCCACCUUCUGGACCUCUCUCAGGGUGUCAGCGCUAACUCCUAUUCUUGACUCUCAGCAGACGAUUUGAGUGGGGCUGUGUGAAGGUGCUUCCCUUGCCUCUGGCAGCCUGAUGUCAGCACAGACUUACAUGGGGCCUUGCCUGCCACAGGACGUGGUUUGCAAGAGCUGAGGUGGGGAGGCAGACAUAAAUGGAUGGGGAGGGGGACCUCGGAGAGAGCAGGAGGCUGCUGAGGUGAAAGCCGGUGACCUGCCCCAAGGGGGCGUCGCAUGGAGCUGCAGUCAUGGACCAGUGUUUUGCCUCUCACCCUCUGCCCCCUGAAAAAUAACUGGGACCAAUGUUUUUAACUUUGCAUAUUUGUUUUGGGGUAGGUAUACCCCCUCUCUCCUUUUUCUGUCCUGAGACCGUGGAUGAAACUCUUCAUUUAGGGGGAGGAGAAAAACUGUUUGAACCACACCAAUGAUGAUUUCGUUUGUAAUACUUGAAAUUUAUUUUUUUAUUAUUUUGAUAGCAUAUGUGCUAUUUAUUUAUUUAAUGUGUAUAGGGGAGCCUGAAAACAGAAAGCUUUUUAGAUUAGGUUUAUUGUUCCUUGGUUGGCUUGGGGCCUUCUGUGUGUGACCUACAACUUCUCUGCAUUCUGUAUAUCUGGAUUAAUUACCUGGGACGAAGCUGUGCCAGCUUUCAAACAGGAGCUGCCUUUCAGAAAUUUGUAUAUUUUGCAGUUGCCAGAACAAUAAAAUACCUGAUUGAAAUACA